GGCUGGAUACACAGCGGGGAGCUGCAGCCCCGCAGCAUGUCCCAGAAACUCCAGUUCUCAGACUUCAAAACCAGCAGCCCAGAGGAGGAGCCUGACCGUGUGCAGCACCUCAAGGCCAAUGCUGAAGCCAUCCUCUUCCUCAGUUCCCUCCAGGAGGAGGAGCUGCAGCUGCUGCUCUUCUCGGAGACUCUGGUCAUGGUCUCGGACUCCGGGGAGCCGCAGGGAGAGCUGAGCAUCCAAAUGCAGAAAGGGAGCCACCAGGAUGAGUUUGGGAUCUUCACCCACUGCCUCUUCGUGCACGCGGCUAGCCAGGGCUUCGUCAACAAGACCGCGUGUGGCAACACACUCCAGGGGUAUCUCACAUGGAAAAUGGAGGUCCUGGAAGAACAGAGUCAGGAAUUCAUCAAGUUACAAAACUUCCCCAUGGAACGGAAGCUGAGCCUGGUGAGGAAGGAUGACCAGCUGAUUAUAAACAGGCGUACCAAGGAGGGUGAGGAUGUGAAGAAGGAAAGGACUGCCAAGCCCAGCAGCUCACUCGAGGGCUUUAUCUCCGAGGCUGCCAACUUGAUGCUGCUGCGGGUGAUGGCCUGGCGAAAGAUGGUGCCCAGCAAUGCCCGCUUCCUGGCCUUGGACACACAGGGCAAAAUCUGCCAUUCCACCUAUGAAUCCCUGGGCUCCCAAAUGAUCCAGAUCAACCAGCAGCAGGUGAAAGUGUUCAUCGUGGAGCAGAAUAUCCACUCCCAGGAGGGCAUCCCGUUAUCUUGCCAGUUCUACCUGCUCUCCGAUGGGCACCUGGCCAAGAGGUUCCAGGUGGGCUCCCCGGGAUGCUGUAUGAUCUUCAAGGUGCCCAACGUGAGGAAGGAGGAUGAAAUUGAGCCUCCCCCAGUAUUUGGGAAGAAAGACCUGGUGUGGGAAGAAGACCCUGAGCUCUAUUCCAAAUUCACAGAACGGAAGGAGGAGCUUCGUCUCAGCCACAGAAGGUACCUGGGGCAGCACCCCGAGGCCAAAGCGCUCAUCUCCGACUUCCUGCUCUUCGUGCUGCUGCGCCAGCCGGACGACGUGAUCACCUUCGCAGCCGAGCACUUCGGCUCAGACUAGCCAUUCGAGCCGCUGACCCUAUCCUUGGACCCUUUCCACCAGCGG